ACAGUCGUUUAACGUAUUACGUCGCCCGGUGUCGUACAUUUUGCAGAAUCACUAUGGCGUUGAAAGAGACUGCGGGGCUGUACGAGACGCUCAAGACAGAGUGGAACAAGAAAAACCCAAACCUAAAUAAAUGUGGAGACCUUCUGACCAAGCUAAAGAUUUCAUUACUGGAGCUGAACUUUUUACCAACCAGUGGGUCUGCGCUCACCAAGCAGCAGCUUAUUUUAGCCCGUGAUGUCCUUGAAAUUGGAGCUCUGUGGAGUAUCCUCAAGAAGGACAUCCCAUCCUUUGAGAGAUACAUGGCCCAGCUUAAAUGUUACUACUUUGAUUACAAAGAGGAACUUCCUGAAGCUGCCUACAUGCACCAGUUGCUUGGACUGAACCUAUUGUUCCUGCUGUCUCAAAAUCGUGUGUCAGAGUUUCACACAGAACUUGAGAGACUGAGUGCACGAGACAUUCAGACCAAUGUGUACAUCAGACAUCCAGUGUCUCUAGAGCAGUACCUGAUGGAGGGAAGCUACAACAAAGUAUUCCUCGCCAAAGGAAACAUCCCUGCAGAAAGCUACACCUUUUUUAUAGACAUUCUGCUUGACACAAUUCGUGAUGAGAUUGCCGGUUGCAUAGAAAAAGCAUAUGAGCAGAUCCAGUUCAGCGAAGCCACUCGUGUGCUUUUCUUUAGUUCCCCCAAAAAGAUGACAGAAUAUGCCAAGAAGAGAGGAUGGAGUUUGAGCCCAGAUGGCUAUUACUCUUUCACCAGUCAGCAGCAGCGGACAGAGGAGGUGAACAUCCCCUCUACAGAGUUGGCACAACAGGUCAUCGAAUAUGCACGACAGUUGGAAAUGAUUGUGUAAUCCGCCCCCAGGAACACACUCAACCAUGUACAGACACACAUGCUGCUGAUCCAGUUUACUUCUAGUCAGCACAAAUGCAGUUUCCACUGAGGUUGGAAGAGAGUGGUUGAUUUGUUGCAUACCUAAAUAAAUCAAUCGGCAUAUAUAAUUUUCGGCAUUUGUACCUAUCUGCAGGUCUUCCUGUUGGGCAGUUUGUUGUCAUUUGAAUAGAUGGGGAACAGAACUAACUGUUGAACAGAUGGCCAGUCUAUUAAAUGGCUGUUAUGUGUCUACUUUUAUCCAAGGCAUCUAAGGGUUUAGUCAUCAACAACUUGUGACCAAAAAACAAAACCUCAGGCCUUCCACUCUUUUGCAACAACAAGUAAUUUCAUUAAAAUUACCCUGUGACUUUGUUUUAGCAUCACACACAACUGUGACCACAAUUCAACUCUUUCCCCCUAAAUUCAAGCAAACUCUUUUUGUAUACAAAGUUCAUUUUCUCCUUAGCAGCGCUUACAGAAAUGUAUUGCCCUUGCCUUGUAUCCUAGCAACUGACGAAAUUGCCAUUGAAGUUUGAGUGUUUUCUAAAUUGUAAUGCCUCUUCCUCACUCGAUGGUUUGUAAUCCAGUUGAUCUUAUGUUGCAAAUCUUUGUCUGCAAUAAAAGAUUCAAUGAA